CCUUUUUUUUUUUUGGCAAGUCUUCUAUGGUUCUCGUCCCUUUCCCCUCCCUCUGAGAAAUGAGAGGCUAUAUGCUGGUCUUUGCCCAACAAUGCGGAGGCCAGCCGUUUCGACAUUUAAUAUUACGUUGCCGCUUGCCCGCUUCCGCUCUCUCUCCACUGUUCCUAUCCCUCUCCCUGUCUCCCAAAGCUCACCAAACCCACAAAAGCAUCUGUUUCAAUGCAACCAAAGGAUUCUACAACUUGGCAAGCUUGGCCGGAUUGAAGAGGCUCGUCAUGUGUUCGACUCAAUGUCUCAAAGAGACACUGUCUCUUGGAACUCCAUGAUCACUGCUUAUAUCCAAAAUAACAACAUUCGAGAUGCUAAAUUACUUCUUAAUGACUUUGAGUACAAGAAUGUGAGAACAUGGACCAUCAUGCUAUCUGGGUAUGCAAAAGCUGGGCUUAUUGAAGAAGCUAAAACUGUAUUUCAAUCAAUGCCUGAGCGUAAUGUAGUGACUUGGAACGCAAUGUUAGCUGGUUAUGUGCAGAAUGGUGAUAUAAAAAGUGCUAGGAACUUGUUCGACGAAAUGCCUGAGAAAAAUAUUUCUUCGUGGAAUUCUAUUAUAACCGGGUAUUCUAGAAGUGGAUUGAUGAGGGAAGCGAGGGAGUUAUUUGAUAGAAUGGGAGAGAGAAACUGCGUGUCUUGGAUGGUUAUGGUGUCUGGCUAUGUGGAGAUAAGCCAGUAUAGAGAAGGUUGGCACAUCUUUUUGAUGAUGAUGAAUAGUGGAUUGAUGCCCGACCAGGCAACUUUGGUGGUUGGACUGUCAGCAAUAAUGGGUUUGAAUAAUUUGGAUUUGAUUGGCAUUUUGAGGAAUAUAUCGAUGAAAUUGGGCUAUGAAGGGGAUGUGGUGGUGGGGACUGCCAUUCUGAAUGCAUAUAUGAGGAGUGGAAGUUUGGAUAAUGCUGCUAAAUUUUUUGAGGCAAUGCCAGUAAGGAACGAGUAUUCAUUAACUAGUAUGAUUGCUGCCUUUUCACAGUGUGGGAGAUUGGAUGAUGCGAUUGCAUUGUAUGAGAGGGAUAGGGAAAAAGGUGUUGCUACAAGGACCACAAUGAUGGCUGCAUAUAUGCAGAAAGGGAGGAUUGAUGAUGCCAGACACAUAUUUGAUGAGAUUGAGAAUCCAAAUGUGGUUACUUGGAAUGCUAUGAUUGGUGGAUAUGCUCAGAACGGAAUGCUUGAAGAAGCAAAAGCUAUAUUCUUGCAAAUGCCUGUUAGGAAUGCUGCUUCUUGGGCAGCCAUGAUUGCUGGUUUUGUGCAGAAUGGAAAUUGUAAAGAAGGUUUGAAGUUGUUUUCUGAGCUUCAUAGGACUGGGAUGGUUCCAAGUCAUUCAACCUUUACCAGCGCUUUGUUUGCUUGUGCCAACAUUGGAGAUGUUGAGAUAGGUAAACAAAUACACUCCCUUACUAUCAAGACAAGGUGUCACUCUAAUCCAUUUGUGGGAAAUGGGUUGAUUUCCAUGUAUGCAAAGUGCAAUAACAUAGGAGAUUUUUCCCAGUUAUUUAGUACGAUGAAUGUGAGAGACAGAGUCUCGUGGAGCUCACUUCUCUCUGGGCUUUCAGAGAACAACAUGUUGAAUGAUGCAUGGAACAUUUUUGAAAAGAUGCCAAUGCGGGAUGUGGUAUCUUGGACAGCUAUCAUAUCAGCAUAUGUGCAAGCUGGUCAAGCAGAAAGGGCCUUGAAACUGUUCCUUGACAUGUUGUCAGCUGGAGUGAGACCAAAAAACAUAACACUUACUAGCCUUCUAAGUGCUUGUGCCAAUCUGGGUGUAACCAAGCUUGGAGAACAGCUUCAUGGAUUGGUAUUCAAAUAUGGAUUUGAUUCAUGUUUGUCUGUGUUGAAUGCUCUAAUAUCUAUGUACUUCAAAUGUGGUAGUCUAUAUGGUUUUCAUGUCUUUGAAGAGAUGCUUGACAGGGACCUAGUCACAUGGAAUGCAGUUUUAGCUGGAUGCGCACACAAUGGAUUAGGUGAAGAAGCAACCAAAAUUUUCAAGCAAAUGGAAGAAGCCGGGGUUUUGCCAAAUGAAAUAAGCUUUUUAAAUGUUUUAGGUGCCUGUAGCCAUGCUGGGUUGGUCAAUGAAGGAUGGGACUAUUUCAUUUCCAUGACCCAGGAUUAUGGGAUGCUCCCAUCAAUUUAUCACUAUACUUGCAUGGUUGAUCUCCUUGGGAGAGCUGGAAAGCUUUCAGAAGCUGAAGCUCUCAUUCAAAACAUGCCUUUAAAAGCAGAUUGUGUGAUUUGGGAUGCACUGCUUGCCGCUUGCAUGAUCCAUCAAAACAUGGAACUUGGCCAGAGGGUUGCUGAAAAGCUUUUGCAAAUGGGGAUGCAGAGAUCUGCGACUUAUGUCUUAUUAUCAAAUAUAUAUGCAUCUCAAGGCAUGUGGGACAAAGCAAGGGAAAUAAGGGAAUUGAUGAAACACAGUGUAGUGAAAAAAGAACCAGGAAUCAGCUGGAUUCAGGUCAAGAAUAGGCUGCACUGUUUCCUUGUGGGAGACAAGAAGCAUAACGAGAUCAAUGAGAUACACUUGGCACUAAAGGACUUCUAUGGAUGCUACAGAGCUGCAGGUUAUCCAGAUACAAAUGUUGUAUUUCAGGAUGUUGAAGAGGAACAAAAGGAGAAUGAGCUUCUUUACCAUAGUGAGAAACUUGCUAUUGUGUAUGGAAUUCUGAGAACACCAACUGGUGCUCCUAUUCAGAUUAUGAAGAAUCUCCGAAUUUGUGUUGACUGUCAUUCUUUUAUGAAGUUCAUGUCCAAAGCCACUAAACGUAAGAUCAUUGUUCGAGAUGGAAAUCAAUUUCACCAUAUAUGGGAUGGUACAUGUUCUUGUGGGGAUUACUGGUGAGCAUGGUGCGGCAAAAGUGCCAAAUUGAAACCUUCUGCUUCGUUUUGUUGAGCAUAUAUUGUACAAGUUGCUGCUCCCAAGAUGCAAUGCUUAUCAUGUGAUGCUCAGUGAAUGCUUGCUGAAAUAGAAAGUUGAAGGCAAGAUUGGAAAAAUGAUUGAUCCAAAAUAUGCUGGUGAGAUCAUUAUCCUGAAGUUGUUAAAUCUUAGUUUGUUUUUGGACUUUAGAUUUUCUUGUCCAUACUUAUGUGACAAGUUGUGCUCAUUAUUUCUUUUCUAGUGUGUUUUCAGUGUGGGGUUAAAAGCAGUGAUUUAUCUUAUACGAAGGCUGCUCAGUUGAAUGACGACUCGUUUCAGGGAUCAAAUGUCAGAACUGAGAUGUGAUCUGGUAAACAUUUUAGCUGCCUGAGUUGCGGUCCUUGUCACCAUGCAAGAAGAUUAUUCCUUUGUUAGCUUUGGAAGCAGUGCAUUGAUUCUCUUAAUGUCAUGAAUCCCAUUCAAUGAAGCAGCCUGGUUUGCUAAUAUUUACAAUGGAGAUUAUAGAGGUAUUUAGUCCAUUGAAUCUUUGGUUGUCAAAGGCUGCGAAGUCGGUGGAUUCAGCAGUUCAUGAAUGGUCUAUGUUGACCUCAAAAUCUGCUAGCAAGCAAAUAGACUUUACUGCUAAUUCAAUGUGUUACUGUAGGAGGGGGGCAUGAAGCGAAAUAUCAUUCAUUAGAAUUAUAUAAGAUACACAAGGUAAUGCCCAGAAAAGAUAGUGGAGUCACAAUGGUCUCACUUAAGUACCACCUCCUUAGACAGCAUUUUUUAGCCAUGCACUUCAUACAAUUCUAAUAG